AUGUAUUGCAUUGACUGUGCGACCUACAACUUCGUCGAACCCGGCUCUUUCUGCGCCAUCUGCCGGAGAUCGCAAACUCUGGACACGCUCAUCCGACUCUACCCUGACUACGGGGACGACACAGAGCAGCGGGCAUCGUCAUCCAAACGAGGUAGAAAUGCUGACAUGGGGCGGGAAGUGAUCGAUGCGUGUGCGGUCGUGCUCAAGAGCGGGGACUACGGAGCCGACGCGCUCGCGCCGGCGUUAUCGAAAUCAGAGAACCUUGUAGAGACAUUGUCUCUAUCGUCCCUGUCGCACGAAGCAUCUGAUGUGGGGCGAUUACUGAGAUCCUUGACAACUAUGCUGAACGAGAUACGCUCCAAACUGCAAGACGUGGAGCGUCUGCAGCAGCUGCAGGAUGAACGCAACUCGUUCAAGCAGGCAUAUAAGAAGCAGAAGGAGAAACUAAAGGAUCUGACCCGCAUACAAGGGGACUUGCGCAUGAAUGCCGAGGUGGAGAUUGCGCGGCAACGAAACGACUUGACAGCGCGAGCAUCCAAUCUGCAAGAGAACUUGCAGGCAGUCAUUUCUGAAUUGUCCACCCAGCAUGCGAGGGUUGAACAGCAGGCGCACACGAUCGAGGAUCUCGAGAAGGAGGUGUUGAAGUGGCGGUCUGAUGCGACACGUUACAAGAAGAAGUAUCACGUCCUCAAGACGAACGUCAAUUCUGGGAUGAAAGCCGCCCAUGAUGGUUUUGCGGACGAUUCGCUUGUGGUCAUCUGA